AUGGAGAUUCGCGCAGUCGAUGAGACGCGGAGAUCCACUUCCGAGACUCCGACGCUUCCCAGCCAAUCCUCGAGCGACUGUCGCCCUCUGCCAUUCCCAGCUCUAGCGCCUGAGACUACGACUCCUUUAAAUAAUCCCUCUCUUACCACGACUACGACUAUUACUGCCACUAGCAAUAGUAAUAUUACUACCGCUAUUGAUACGGCUUCUCACACUACUCCUCCUACCAAUCACCUUCUAGAAACUGAGACCCCACGUGAAUCCGGCACCAUCGACGCGUCUACUCCAUCUCCCACUUCCAAGGCACCUUUUGUGCGUGGGCACCGCCGCCGCUCCACCCACGUUACUCGUCGUGAGCUAGAGAAAUUCCGCAAAGACAUUUUGGGCUUGGAACCUCCUGAAUUUGACUUUGAGCACGACAAGAGUACUGGUGCUCGGAACCCUUCUCUUGACCCUCAGCUCGAGUCUCUGAACCGCGCCUUUGACGACGCGGCCAUGUCUCUGAACAACAGCGGUGGCAUGACCAACAGUAGUCCUGGAUCAAGCAUGUUUGGUAGCUAUGUUGAGAGCUCCCCGGGCCCUCGACAGCCCAUGCCCCCAUCAAUGUCGCACGCUCCUGGUCAAGCCAAUGGCGCUGGAAUGGCUGGCAUGAAUGCUGGAAUUCCCAUGAAUGCAGGUCAUCAAAUGGAUCUUCAUCAGCUCUAUGAUAUGGUGCUUGAAUUAAGUGAGGUACUGAAGAAUAACCGUGAGAUGACUAAGAGUAUUGUAUCCAGCGCCGAUGAGAUUAUGAGACGUUCUUCUUCGGAGGGGGCUAGUCCAAACCUUCAACAAGUGAAUGGCGAAAUCACUGCUUCACGCAUAGCGGAACUCGAGCGUGCCCUUGCCAAAGAAAGACGUACCGUCGAAGUUCUGAAGAAUGAACAGCUUGAGAACACCAAACUGAUCGGGGAGUACGAGGCUGCUGUCGGUACUAUGGUUGAGCAGAUUCGAAAUUAUUGUCAGAACAACAAUAUGAAUUACCUGGCCCAGAAGCGCCACUAUAACAACCUUCUUCAAGCGGAACGCGAUGCUCAUUUGGAAAGCCGCUUGGACCGUGAUUAUUGGCACGCGCAGACAAUGAGAUGCGCGGAGAUGAUUCGCACGGCCUACCGUCUUCGCUGCGAAGAGGAGGAACUGCCUAUUCAUGUGAUUGCGGGCCUACAGAAUGAAGUCCGCGCUUAUCGCAACGCUCUUGGCAUGGAGCCAGAAAAGCCCGAGGAAGAGUACGGAUGGGAGAUUUUGAAAGAUGUGCCGGGAAACCUCGAGUGA